AUGGGGCUUGAAGCAAGGUGCGGGCGUGAAGCAAGGUGCAGGCGCGUGAAGCAAGGUGCAGGCGUGAAGCAAGGUGCAGGCGUGAAGCAAGGUGUGGGCGUGAAACAAGGUGCGGGCGUGAAGCAAGGUGUGGGCGUGAAGCAAGCGGUCUCUGAAAGCCCAGCAAACAACCGUCUCUUCAAUCUCCUUUCCCCACUCCACCUUGUAUCUCCCCACCUCCACCUUACUCCCCACCGCCUCAGGUUGCGGCAGUCCCCAGCACCGCCUCAGGUAGCGGCAAUACCUAGCAGCCGCCUCAGGGGGCGGCAGUCCCCAGCACCGCCUCAGGUGGCAGCAGUCAACAGCACCGCCUCAGGGGGCGGCAGUCCCCAGCACCGCCUCAGGGGGCGGCAGUCCCCAGCACCGCCUCAGGGGGCGGCAGUCCCCAGCACCGCCUCAGGGGCGGCAGUCCCCAGCACCGCCUCAGGGGGCGGCAGUCCCCAGCACCGCCUCAGGGGGCGGCAGUCCCCAGCACCGCCUCCGUCAUCUCUCUCACACCUGCCAUUGUCUCUUCAUUGA